AUGAAUUUCCAAACAGACUGCGCUCAGUUGGUGACGAUGGUGUCCAAACCUGCGGAGUGGCCAGCGUUUGCGAUCUUGCUAGAAGAGGUGGAGAAGUGCAGAAGGAUGUUCCAGGCGUUCUCCCUAUCACACAUUCCCAGGACAAAGAACACGAAGGCAGACAAGCUAGCACGAAGUGGCGAAAAUAAGGCCAAGAAGAAUCUCGAAAAGCGAGCACGGAGGACGCGACCUCACUCGUUACGCGGCGAGAAGUAG